CCUCCACCUCCCUCCCUGAUAGAAGAGAGAAAGAAGAAGAAGAUUCUAGAAGUCACCAGAGAGAUCACUGAGCUGCUGACAGGAGAGGUUCCUAUAAGGUGUCAGGGUGUCACUGUCUAUUUCUCCAUGGAGGAGUGGGAGUAUUUAGAAGGACACAAGGAUCUCUACAAGGACGUCAUGAUGGACAAUCAGCCGCCCCUCACAUCACCGGAUGGAUCCACUCAUGGGAACCCACCAGAGAGAUGUCCCCGUCCUCUGUAUUCCCGGGAUUCCACACAGGAAGGUCACACCAUCCCUCACCAUCAUCAGAGUGGAAACCUGAGAGAUCCUAAAGUUGAGGUUAAAGAAGAGAUAAAAGAGGAGGAGGAUGAGGAUGGGGGGAUGGAGGAGUCAGAGCUUCUAAAAGAACACAAAGAUCUGUACCAGGACACCAUGGUGGAGUCAUCCAGCUACAGGAACCCACCAGAGAGAUGUCCCCGUCCUCUGUAUUCCCGGGAUUCCACACAGGAAGGUCACACCAUCCCUCCCCAUUGCAAGAGUGGAGAUCCAAUCGAUAUAGAAUUUGAGGUGAAAGCAGAAGAAGAAGAGGCGUAUGUGAGGGAUGAUCAGCAGUCUAUGGAGGAGGAUGGAAUAACGGGGACAUUUAUAGAGGAGGACACUCCUACAGAGAUCAGCACAGGUGGGUCA